GUCCGUGUGUGAGAAUGUGUCUGGAUCGGCGUUAUAAAUAAGACAGACAAGCUCUGCCCUGGCCUGGCUCGCCUAUCCCUCGUGGCAGCAGGAGUCGUCGGACGGACUGUUUGUGUGUCACCGAGAGUGGGAUAUGAGAUUCGAUUUGAUUUUUGGUGGGGAACGCGAUUGCUCACUGGGGGUUUAUCCACUUCCUGUUAUCCUGUUACUCUUCUAUUCUUUCUUUUCGCAAUUGCUCUUCUUCUUCCCACAGCCGUCAACACUCGUCAUGCCAUGGACGGAAACGUGCGUCUCCCUUUUCUCUCUGAACCAUAUGUCAUUGUCUAUACUGACACUUGCUGGUUAUGUGUGCUAUAGCUGUCUACUUCAGCAACAGUAUAUUUUUGCAUGUUAACAGCAGCAGCACAGACACGUCUUUCACUUUCAAAAAUAAAAGAGCAUGUGGAUCGAAAAGGCACGGGGAUAAUAACGUUACUGGGGCAUUUGGACUCGGUCAAUUGACACCAAAACAGA